ACGCGUCCCAUAUCGGCUGAGACUGCUAGUCAGUGCGUGUUGGAUUGGGGUUUACAGUCUAAACGUCUAAACGACAGGUCCAGAAGAAUUCACCGAGUUUAUAGAAUCGAAGUGUCCAGUCCCUUCACAUGUUAUUCGGGGGGAUGGUGGGGACUCCACAAGGGUCUGGUCAAUUGGGUCGACUCCGGACACCUUUUUCAAUGUGCGUAAAACGGUUUUAUCUCUUCGUCCUCUUUUCCGGACUAGCAACUUCAGGCGUGUUACCGGUCAGUGGGAUGAGGGUGUACACGUCGGGGGAGGUGGAGGCGGUAAACGGCACAGAUGUGCGGCUGAAAUGUACCUUCCAGAGCAGCUCGCCCAUCACCCCAGCAACGCUCACUGUCUCAUGGAGCUUCCGCCCCCUCGAACCUGGCCGUGAGGAGUCAGUGUUCUACUACCAUGAGAGGCCUUACCCUCCCCCAGAAGGGCGUUUCCAUAAGCGGGCGACAUGGGCGGGUGAUAUCAUGGGGCGGGACGCCUCCAUCGUGGUGCGUGAGGUCAAGUUCACCUACAACGGGACGUUCAGCUGCCAGGUGAAGAACCCUCCGGACGUCCACGGCAACGCGGGGGAGGUGAAACUGACCGUGGUCACCACAGCCUCCUUCUCUGAGAUUGUCAUUCUGGCUGUAGCCAUCGGGGGCGCCAUCAUGCUGAUGGUCAUCCUCCUCGUCAUCAUCAUGUCAAUAAGGCAAUGUCUCAAGAAGAGACAGGAGGAGUGGGUGGAGGAACUGCCUCGCAGAGAGAGAAAGGACCCUACAGUGUGGUAAUACAGAGAGAGCGAGAAGGAGCGAGAGAGAGUGGGAUCUCUCCAACCUGUCUUCCCUCUGGCUGGGCUCUGUGGUGCUUACCUCUGGGACAGGGCUCAGUCAAUUGCUCUGUCUGCGUGGACACUCUCCUCCGGACCUAACUUUGGAACCAUAACCUGGACCUAUCGUUGGGCAGAUAUUUUUACAAAGAGCAGACUUCAAUGCUAAAAGUGCCUUAGAAUACUACUGUAGAUUAUCCAUCUGCUGGAUCCUGUAUCUAACUGCCAUGCACCUUCUGGAAAGACAGUAGGCCUGCAUUAAUAUUUUCCUGUAUAUCAAAUGGGCUUCUUAACACAUUUCCUGUUUAAGUGUAGAUGUUUUAUGAGAUAGUUGUGGAAAAUAAUGUACAGUAUUUCUAUUGUGAUUUACUACUACCAGUUUCAAACUCUAACAUCUGCCAAAUCAUUUUCCAAUCGCAUAGGACUUAGUAAACCAAUGCCCAUGGUUGUAUAGGUACCAGCAGUCUCUCUCUCAUCUGGCUCAAUGCAUUUCAACCACAAGUCCACGACAAGAUGUCUUUACAUUUCUGUCUUAGUUUACUGCUGAUCAAUGAUAUUAUUUGAUUUUGUCCUGAAGUGAUUUUGUAUUUCUAAACAGAUGUGUUUUUUUUAUCAGUGAAAAUGUUCAACUACUGCAGAAAUACUCAAAAUGCUGUCAAUAUUCACUGCAAGACCUAAGGCACUUGCUUAAAGCAGACAUUUCUCAAAUAUUAUAAUCAACAUACAGUUGAUUAUAUUAACAUUUUGAAAAUAAUGAUUUAACAUUAUUAAACAUUUCAAAUAAUUGACUAUUUCA